AGUACGGUACAAGGCACGCGUUCGUGCCCAUCGGUGGCAGUAGAUGGCAGUACUGUCGUCGCAUUCAGUAUCGGCUGCUGCUCCGUGAAUGAACAGAGGAAGAAACCCCGAAAGAAGCACACAAUGCAGUUUGACUGCUACGGGUUAUCCACCCAGGCUUCAUGUAUGUCUCAGCUUCCCGGAUAAAACGAAGAAAUCCAUUUAUCUCGUUUUGACGAUCGGGACGAAAAGCAAGCUUUCAUAAGUCUAUUUUCACUUUACGUUUGAGAAAAAAAGCAGCUUGUAUCGCAGACAGCGGCGAAAUCUCCAGCUUGAGCGCACACAGUGGAUCACACAGCGGGCCGCGGAAGGAGGAGCCCGGCCUGCGCUGACACGGCUGCGCUCAUCAUCCGUGACGGUGCAACUCCAGUCCGAGGCCUUGGGGCCUGGUACAUAUUAUUAGCGUUUUAAAUGGAGGCUCGGACGAAAGCAGAAGUCAGAGGAAAAUGGCCCUCUGUACACCACGAUUGAUGAAAGUGACAAUGUCUUGACAGAAAGACAAUAAAGUGGAAUAUCUAGAAGCUUUCAUAAUCGGUGCGUUAUUGGAUGAAACAAGCCCGGAGAUGCCCAGACAUGACUGUACUCAGACUGCAGUGUACCAUACAGCCUCCACUGGACUCGAUUAAAUUAUAAAACCUUUCAAACCAGUUUCAAUUGAGAUCCACAACACGGGUCCUGGAGACGUUGGUUUUUACUCUGUAUCAGUUAUAAAGUGUCCCAGGCAGGACCAGGGUGUGUUUUUAUUAAGUGCCUUUGUACGGACAUGGACGGUCCCAGUCGAAGCGGAGGCUUGAGGCAGAGCCGUCGCUCCCGCUCGCAGCGUGACCGAGAGCGGCGGCGGAGGAGAGCGGAUCUCGGGGAGCACUCGUCGCCAUCCUCGGCCUCGGACCAGGACCUCUGCAGAGGAGACUCGCUGCUCCGUGCCAGUGGAGGGGAAUGCAGAGCCAGGUUCCCCGGGGCCAGACAUCGGCCUCCGCGUCGGAGAAAGCGAGAAGCGGUUUCUUGCGAGGAGGACAUCAUCGAUGGAUUCGCCAUUGCCAGCUUCAUAAGCCUGGAGGCCUUGGAGAUGGACUGUUCCCUAAAGCCUCCACAACGUUCUGGCUUGUUCAUGUGUAGAGGAAUCAAAAGGAAGAGAGGCCUGGAUGAAAAUGGAGGGCCUCUGUCAGAGCCGGAGGAAGGACCUCCUGCUACAUACACCAACAGUUGGGAGCAGUGCAGGAAAAUUAAAUCAAAACUGAAGAGAAAGGGAGAUGCUAAGGUUUCUGGGAAUCACAUGGAGACAGGAUACAUUUGUGAUACAGAGAGUGAAUCAGGGGAUAAGGCUUCUGACAAUAUGGAGCCAGCAUUCAUCGUCUGCACACGGGAAGCUGUUAAUUCUAACUCUGCAGGUGCUGCUGCAGGCAACGGUUGCCCUCUCUUGCCCUCAAAUAGCUCACUACCCCUUCUGUCAGUCACACCUCGGGUCUCUGGCCUGCAGAGGAGUCAGGAGAAGAGUAUGGAGCAGCCUUACCCUGAUUCCAUCUCUACCUCAUCCUCUCUGCCUAGCCUUGCAGCCCAUUCUACUGCCUCUGUCUCCAACUCACUUUCUGAGCAUCGUAAUGGAAAUGGCGGUCCCCAUCACCGCCAUAAUGCUAGCCCACCACAGCACAAACACAAGCCUUUCCUCCCUUUCCCUGGAAAGUCACAAUCAAUCUACUCAAUGGGCAGCAACAACAGCAGGAGCAGUACCUCAGGCAAGCCUCCAUCUUCAUCAACCUCGUCUUCAUCAAUCAGACCACCUACUCCUGCUACAAGUGUGUCCCUAGGUCGAGGCCCAGUUGGUGUUGGGACAAUUAUACCCUCCACUCGACCCAGUCCUGGUGCUGUCUUCACAUCGUCCUCCAACCUUCCCCCACCGCCUCCUCUCCUGCAGGUGUCACCCCACGCUUCAACAGACCAGGAUCUGACCAUUUCAAAUGCUGGCUCUGCAUCUGGAGGACCAUCUGUGUCAAGCUCAAGCUCUGGGACGUCUGGCAGAUCCUCGCAGGCCCAAACGUCCAUCCCUGCCUAUCAGUUCCAUCAGCACAAUCACCAGCACCAGCACACUCAUACUCACCAACACUUCUUACACCCCACAGCUGCACCACCACCACUGUUUGAGAAGUAUCCAGGCAAAAUAGACGGACUCUUUCGACACCCAUUUUUUCCUCAGUACCCACCCUCAGUGCCCGUUCUUCCGCCCACAGCACCUUUCAGUUCAUUGCAUGGAGCUUUUCAGCCUAGGGGACCUGCACCAGAGAUGGCUGCUGGUUUAGGAGUUGUACCGUCCCACCUUCCACCUAAAGCUCCAAGGCUAACAGACCCAUUUGGACCACCACCAAAAGUCAGUAAUAAGCCUGGAAAAUGGUGUGCUAUGCAUGUCCGUGUUGCUUGGAUGAUUCUAAGGCAUCAAGAGAAAGUCAAGCUUAUGCAUGCUGAUCCACAAAAGCUGGACUUCCGUAACGACCUGUUGCCUCGACUCCCUGGUCCUGGUAUUGGUGGACUAGGAGGUCUAGGACCACUUGGUGGUCCACUUGCCCCAAAUCCUGAUCUUACAAGACCAGGAAGCCUUUUUGCAGCCUCUGGUGGAGUCAAUCCGUCCUCCACACCAUUCAUGCCUCCAUCAACGACCCAUCCCUCUUUCCUCACCUCAGCUGCACAUUUGGACCCAUAUGUUCGUCCAUCCACCUUCUCUUUGGGACCCCUGAGUUCUGGUGCCUUUGGAGGCCUAGGCAGCACCACAUUAGUUGCCAAUGUUUUUGGACAUAAGACCGAGCCCCCUGCAAGUGCAGUUGGAGGAUUGGGUAACCACCAUGAUCCAUGGAAUCGUCUGCAUGUUACACCUGCCUCUUUCCCCUCUGGAUCAUCCUGGGCAAAAGGACCAGAGAAAAGAGAUGAUAGAGGAAAGGAGGUGGAAAGAAGAGAACCGACUCAUAUAAAAGAUGAAAAGGACAGAGACAGUCUCUUGUAUGGACGCCUGUCAGUGCGAAUGUCACCUGGUGUCCCAUCUCACAAGCACCGAAGCAGCCCUUCCAGUUCACAUAUGAAUGGCUUGGGUCCACUGAGUGGAGGUGGAGUUCAAUCAGAUGGCCAAAGCAGAGAACGUGAAAGAGAAAGGGAGUCAGACAAGAGACAUCAUUCUGCAUCCAGGGCACCAGUGUCAACUUCCUCCGCAGCACCAGACAGACCUCGAUCUUCAACAUCAUCUAUUCUCACAACCUCUCCUUCUAAUGUCCCCUUAGCCCCCUCUCCUCGGGAUUUGUUUCAUCGACAGCCACCACACAACCUCAGCACAGAAUCCAGCCAUUCUUCACAAAGAGAGAGUAGUGGUCCAGCCUCUUCUAGUUCACUUCCAGUCAAGAAAUCUGAUCGUACCACAACUCCGGUAUCAAAGCCUACACAUGGUGUAACCUCUGGGAUGCUCCUGUCUCAAGUCAAGGUCAAGGAAGAGCGUAAAGAGGAGCCUGAGCCAGUGCCAAUCUCACAUAAUUUUGAAAGGCCUAAUAGUCGGCACCCACCCCAUCCAUCCACCCCUUCCUCAACCCACUCACUGACACCUACACCUGGCAUGCCUCUACCUCCACCAACUCCGCACCCUUCCCACCAUCAUCUGUCCCUCUUAGAUCGUACACGGGCUAUUGAUUCCUAUCUUGGUGGUGCUGGAGGCUCAGCAGGACUGGUAUUAGGUACUGAUCGUUUCCCACCACAUCCACAUGGUCCUCCACAAGGUCAUUCCCAAGCCACUCACAGCUUCCCCUGGGACCAUUGGAGGGAUUUGGCCGCUCAACAUCAGCAGUGCAGAGAAGUUUUGACUCUGAGGUCAGAUCCCCACCUUGCACUUCGCUCAGAUCCACACUUGUCUAGACUCUUCCAGCAUCAGCAGGUACAGCGUUAUUUGGAGGCAGCUGUGGCAACCGGCCAACACCAUCCACCGGUACCUACCUCAACGUCCUCAGCUUCAUCCUCAGCAGGCAGGCCAGAGUUUGGUUUGAUGUCCCACCCAUUUGACGAGGAACAACGUGCUCAGAUAAUGCGGGAAGAUUAUGAAAGAGCGCGUUACUUUGGAAUGCAUCCACAUCCGCACCUGUCUGCACCUCACCUUCCUAGCCCGUCUCAUGCUGCCCACCUAGAACAGCUACACGCAGGGCUUCUAUCCCACUCUCACCUCCAAGCAGCUGGAGCAUCUGCACAAGCAACACAUCACCCUGGCCUUUACUCUAGACUGGGACCUCUGCAUCACUCUCACGUACCUAAUGGCAUUCUAACAAAGACACCAGGUCUAGUUGGGGCAUUGUCUGUUGGGGCUCCACCACCUCUCAUUUCAUCUGUGAACAGAUCUUCUACUCCACCCCGUGGCCCCAGACUUGGGGCAGGAGACUUGGCCCUUUUUAGCACACAUAAAGACGGCGAGUCCAGAUAGUACUAAGUAAAGCUCGAGGAGCUUCCGGAACUGCUGUGCUGAAGAAACUGCUCCUUAAACAGCAAGAAUUUGCAGGACACUCCAAAAGAGCUAAGCUUCAGUGACAAUACAGAAGUGUUGAAACAACCUGGGGAGAGAACAGAGAUACUUCCCAGGGCUGUUUGAUAUUUAUCCACUGUGGUUAAGUUGGUACAAUUAAGGUACUCUUUUUGCUGUGCCCUGGUUUUUAUGUAGGGGUUUUCUUUACAGAGGCCUGUGGAUGUUAAAAGACUGUUCAUUACUACCAUUGUGAAGACAGGUUGUGUUGAAGAGUGAUGGGUCAAAAAUUAUUAACUUUGUCUUGGUGAACUUAAGGAAAACCUACAGUAAAGCAUUCAGCUUUGCAUUUGAAGGAGGAGAAAUCGGACGUCUACUUGAGUAGUCAAGUACUUUUCGUUGUCUGAAUCCGCACUGUUGGUUGAACACAUGGUCCACAUUCUGCUUUAAAUAUUCAAGUCAUCCAUCAGAAAACUUCCAUGAACAUCAGAAUGAUCUUAAGAUUUAUUUUAUUCUUUAAAAAAAAGUUAUUAUGAACUGUACAUCUUGUUGGAUAAUAUUUUAAAAUUCAAAGGGAAAGAACUGUCUCCCAUUCAUUAGUCUGACUCAUUACAAGAGCUGGGCCAGAAUAUAGUAGAAUAGUGAUAUUGCUUUUGUAAUAAUUAUUGUUAACAUUACCUUCCAUAAUAAAUAUAUUCACUGUUUAUGUUAUAAUGUCAUGUUUCAGGUCUUACCAAAUGCACUCACUUGUUGAAAGGAAUCAGUGAUGAGUAUUGUCCAGCAAAGCACUACAGUUAUAUUGCUCCAAUAUACUGGUUAUGUUAAAGCAUGUGUACUGAGGAUGUAUCAAAGCCAGCCUCUUUGGUUCAGAGAACUGUAUACCUUCAUACAUGGGAGACUUGUGUGCGUGUUAUUUCUAUGUUUUUCACAGUUUAAGCCAUUGAAAGUCUCCAACAACCAUCAUCCAAACCGAGUGAAAUGAGGCAUUUGUGGACGGAACAAAAGAAGUGCACAUCAUGUACUUGCAUAUAAACUGCAAGAUUAGAAAGACUCUGGAGAUACAGGACAUUCUGGAUUAAAUAUUUGAGCAAAACAAUUUUAUACAUUUUAAAUAUGUUCCUCUCCCCUUGAAAAGAGAACCACAAAGAUGAAUUAAUUAUUAAAAUGGUUGGUUAUUUA